AAAGUCACUUACGUCACAGCCAGGAAGAAGCGAUAGCUCUGCUAGAGAAGUCCUUCGGCAGUGUUGUUUUGAUUAAACGGUGCAUUUCAGGGGUUUAUUCCCCUAUCUAACCCGUUCUUGUAGAUGAAAGACAGGUGUUGGUGACACCAUGGCACCACUCCUGUUAUACCGCAUCGUCAGCUCCCUAACCUGCCAUCUAACCCAGAUCACCCUCAGCCGGAUCUACCCUAGCACUGCCACCACCAUCUCCCGCUGCCUCUCCUCCCUUACAUCCUACCCAGCCAGAGUGCUCCUGACCCCGGGUAGACCCAUCCAGCCCCUGGCCUCUUCUCCUCGAUCUUCUCCCCAGGAUGGUGGCUCCCUCCUAGGCCAGUGUCAGCACCUGGCCUGCCUCCAGCCCGCUUCAGGGAUGAAAACCAAGAGCGCUCUGAAACGGCGCUGUAAAGAUUGCUUCUUUGUGGUACGGCGGGGUCGUCUAUUUGUGUUCUGUAAGGCUCACCCCAGACACAAGCAGCGACAGGGGUGAAGAGGAGCAGGGGGUGUAUGCUCCUCUAAAUUGUUUGUUACUUGAAUUGCCACAUUAAAGUUUUUGACUGAU